UUGCUGCUAGAUAAUGGUGCAGACGUCGCAGGGAAGGACCAACGACGUCGGUCAACACUGCACUGGGCAGCGACAGAGGGGUACGAGGACAUAGUCAGCCUAGUUCUGAAACACGGGGUAGGAGUAAACGAUCAAGAUCAGGAAGGAUGGACCGCAUUGCAUCGUGCAGCAGAAAAUGGACAUGAGGCAGUA